GAGCCGCCGAAAGAAGAAGCAGUCAUAUGUCAUGAUGAAGGUGGGGUUUACAUUGAAUUAAAAACAAGAGCAGUGCAUAAAUGUAACGUUAGGCAUUAGGCAAGCCUGCUGAAAACCGAGCAAAACACUACUUAAAACUAAAGGGGAUCUGUUGGUCGGCAUCAUGAGUCCAGCUCAAUGGGAUCUUCCCCCAGAGCUGUGCUGCAGGCCUAUGGCCUUUGUGGCUCUGACAGGACUAGACGUGGUUUAUAAUGCCAUCCACAGAGCCAUAUGGGAUGCCUUCUGUGCCAACCGGCGGGCAGACAGAGUGCCCAUCUCUUUUAAAGUUCUGGCUGGAGACCACGAGUAUCCAAAGUGCAGAACCAAGAGAACAUCAUAUGAGUGGUACAUCCCUAAAGGGAUACUGAAGACGGGCUGGAUGAAUAAACAUCUCAAUCUGGUGCCUGCGCUGGUCGUGCUGUUCUAUGAGCUGGACUGGGACGAUCCACAGUGGAAGGAAAAGCAAUCCGAAUGUGCAACCAAAGUGGAAAUUGUCAGGACAAGUUUACAAGGAAGAAACACGAAGGUUGCUGUUGUUUUGAUUCAGAAGAAAACUCCUCUCCCACCAGGUGAAGAUCUGGUGGCAUCUGAGAGGGCUUCUGCUCUAUGUGGUGCCUGUGACCUGUCUGGGAAGUCCCUGUUUGUCCUGCCCCAUACUGACCACCUGGUGGGAUACAUCAUUAGGUUGGAAAACGCAUUCUACGAACAUGCACAGACCUACUAUUAUAAUGAGAUCAGGAGAGUGAAAUCUCACAAGGAGUUCCUCAAUAAAACUACACACCAGUUGCUGUUUGUCAGGCACCAGUUUAAAAUUGGCUUCUUCAGUGAACUGAAGCAGGACACACAGAACGCCCUCAAAUAUUACAGGACUGCUUAUAGCCUCGUUCAUGAACUCAGAGCUCAUGAAACCAACAUGCUUGAGAUAAAAACCAUGGCUGGAUUCAUCAACUACAAGAUCUGCAGGCUCUGCUUUCAGCACAACACCCCGCUGGAUGCCAUUGCUCAGUUCCGCAAACACAUCGACCUGUGCAAGAAGAAAAUUGGUAGCGCUGAGCUGGCGUUUGAACACACAGCCUGGAUGUCCAAACAGUUCCAGUCAUUUGGUGAUCUGUUCGAUGAGGCCAUUAAACUGGGCCUCACCGCUAUUCAGACCCAGAACCCAGGUUUCUACUAUCAACAGGCUGCUUAUUAUGCACAGGAGCGCAAGCAGCAAGCGGGGCAGCUUUGUAGUCAUGAGCCAGGCGUGGGCUACCCUGCACCUGACACACUAGAGACCAUCUCUGGAGCGCUAGACUUUUACGGACAGAGACCUUGGAGACCGGGACAUCAGAGCAUUGAUCCUCCAGAUUCUGAGAAGGAGAAACAAGGCAUCCUCGCUCUUCAAGUUAAAGAGAGGGACAUCCCUCAUUCGGAGCUGAUCAUUGCUCUCCUCAGCAAUGCUGUUGCUCAGUUUAAGAAGUACAAGUGUCCACGGAUGAAGAGCCAUCUCAUGGUUCAGAUGGGGGAGGAAUAUUACCAUGCAAAAGACUACACCAAAGCAUUAAAACUGUUGGAUUAUGUGAUGUGUGACUACCGUACAGAGCGCUGGUGGUCUCUGCUGACGUCUAUAUUGUGCACGGCUUUAAAGUGCUCCUACCUCAUGGGUCAAGUGAAAGACUACAUCACCUACUCCAUGGAGCUCGUGGGCAGAGCCUCUAUCCUCCCUGAAGAGCAGAAGUCCAGGAUUGAGAAGAAUCUGAUUAAAGUGCUCAUGAAUGAAGUCCCAGAGCCUGAACCGGACUGUGACCCGUUGUCUGUGAAGGCGGCCCAGUCUCUGUGGAGUGAUCGCAUCUCUCUGGCCGGCAAUAAUGAGUUCACCAUUGAGGUCCAGGACUAUGUGCCCUUUGUUCAGUGCAAAGCCAAGUUCGUGUCCCCUAGUUUCCACAUAGAUGAGCCUGUCCAGCUACACGUCUAUGUGAGAGCUGACUGCCCACAUCCUGUGCGCUUCUCAAAACUAAGUGUCUGCCUCAGCAACCAGGAGUAUAACCAGUACUGUUUGCUGGAGGAUGCCUCUAAAGGGAAGGAUAUUCUAGAACCUUCCACCCAGGAGAACAUGUGUCUCGUCCCCCGCAAGACUCGCAAAUACUGCUUCAAAUUUGUAGCAAAAACAGAAGAUGUUGGAAAGAAGAUUGAGAUUACGAGUAUGCGACUCAUGUUAGGCAGAGAGACGGCCCGAUAUGUCUAUCUGAACUGGCGGGGUGGUUGGGGGGAUGCUGCCUCUUCCCAUGAGACUUUGCAGGCAUGCCGGUCCUUUAAGAGGAGGACACGCCUCCCAGAGCAGCAUGUGGAUUGGGACACAGUUACUAUACAGUCCAGCACUAUGAUAAUUUCCAGAGUGCCCAAAAUCUCUGUACAGCUGACUCAUGAGCCUCCAGCACUGACCAAUGAGAUGUAUUGUAUGAUUGUUGCCAUCCAAUCAGAAGAGGACACUGUGGCCAAAGAUAUUAAACUUACUGCAGGCCUCAAACCAGGUCAAGAUGCCAAUCUCACACAGUCAACCCAAAUCACACUAAACGGCAUUGAGGUGUGUGAUGAUUCUCAUCCUGCCCUGCUUCCUGACAUUCCCCUCGGAGAUCUGCAUCCUGGACAGAAGAUUGUGAAGCCCCUGUACAUCCACUGCGUGAGCACUGGAUCCAGAAUAUUACUGUUUAACGUGGCUUAUUCUGUGAGUGCCACGGUCGAGGGCAAGGACAUCCCCUGCAAAUGUCACAAAGAUGAAACAGUUACAUUAGAUACGGUUGUUCCAUUUGAAGUGGCUAUGAAGUUUGUGUCCAGUAAGUUUGAGAAUUUGGAGCAUGUGUACGUGGACAUCCCCUUCUUGUUGAUGAUGGAUAUUUUAAGUGCGUCCCCUUGGCCGAUCGAGUUGGUGAACAGUGAAGUGCAGCUGGCCUCCAGUAUGAAUGCCAUCGAUCAGCCCCAGAGUCAAGUAGAAGGAGUCACGCUUCAGACCAGCGAAUGUGCCAGUGAGUGUUUCCUGCUCAAAUGUCCUCCUGUUCAGAACGGCACCAGUACUGUGGCAUCGGGACACUAUAUAAUUUCCUGGAAGAGAAAGUCAGCAUUUGCUGAGACAUUGGUGAGAACGAUCAUUACUCUGCCACAUGUGAUGGUGGAGAAUAUUCCUCUUUAUGUCCAUGCAGAACUGCCAUCAUUUGGUCGCGUGCGCGAGUCUUUACCUGUUCGGUACCAUCUGGAGAAUCGAACUGGGUUGGUUCAGGAUGUCGAGAUCAGCGUGGAGCCCAGCGAUGCUUUUAUGUUUAGUGGACUCAAACAGGUGCGAAUGAGGAUUUUGCCCGGUGCAGAACAGGAGAUGUUGUAUAAUUUCUAUCCUCUGAUGGCGGGAUAUCAAGUCCUUCCUCAGCUCAACAUCAACCUGCUGCGCUUUCCAAACAUCUCCAAUCAACUGCUACGUCGCUUCCUGCCUUCACGCAUCUUUGUCAAGCCUCAGGGCAGAAAUGGAGACACUUCCAUAGAAGCAGCGUGAGGAAGAGAGAAGCACAUCUCCCAGCUCGGAAGUGUUGUCAUGGAUACUGUUGCAGGAUGAAGGCUGAACAUUCCUUGGAGAACACGUGUUUACAGCUUAAUGAUUUGAACUUAACUUUAAAUUUUAAGGAUUUCAGCUGAUUUUGUUGUGUCUAGAUUGUUGCUUGUCAAACAAGACUGAAAUGUUGCUUGCAUGAGAUUUGGUUUUUAAAUAACAUUUCAUCUACAGUACUCCUAUUCUCUAAAAUGUUUCUGAAAAUAUCCUUGUAACUAAAACUAAAUAACUGCUAAAUAAUGUUAGAAAUCAUUAAACUGACAUGAAAAUAGCUGUUGAAUAAACUUUUUUUUUUUUGGUUGUUGUGGUUUGUGUCCCUCAAGAGGUGCUCUGUUAUUGGACAUAAGUGUAGAAAAUCUCACCAUUUGUAUACACUGUACAAGAUUUUUAUAUUUGAUUAUACAUUUUAUUUACACAAACCUUCAUUAAUUCAGCCAUUUUUAAUCAUCUUGCUAUUGAUAUUAAGAAAGUGUCAUCUAAAAAACGUAAUAAAAAUACUCCAGGAUUCAA